GCCGAGCCAUGUUGCGCGUCCUCUUUCUGCUCUGCGGGCUCAGCGGGCUCAGGACGAAGGAGAAUUCUGAAAGGCUACACGUCCAGGUUACAAUUCCGGAGAAAAUGCGCUCAGUAACAAGCGAAGGAUUUGAAACAGAAGUGGUCUACAACAUUGUCAUUGAAGGGAAGACAUAUACUUUGAACCUAAUGCAAAAAACUUUUUUGCCUCGUGAUUUUAGAGUUUAUGGUUAUGAUGGCACAGGAAUUAUGAAAGACCUUGAACAACAAUUUCAGAACUUUUGCUACUACCAAGGAUUUGUUGAAGGUUAUCCAAAUUCUAUGGUGACCGUCAGUACGUGUACUGGACUCAGGGGUUUACUACUGUUUGAAAAUGUUACUUAUGGAAUUGAACCGCUGGAGUCUUCGAUUGGUUUUGAGCAUGUGAUUUAUCAAGUAAAGAAUAAGAAUGAUAGCACUUCUCUCUAUGCUGAGAAGGAGCUGGAAUUCAGAGACCUUCCCUAUAAAGUACAGAGCGUGCAGCCACGUGAAUUCUCUCAGUAUAUAGAAAUGCAUAUUGUAGUCGAAAAGAAUUUGUAUAAACACAUGGGUUCUGAUACGGCUGUCGUCACUCAAAAAAUUUUCCAGUUGAUUGGAUUGACAAAUGCUGUUUUCACUUCAUUUAAUAUUACAGUAAUUCUAUCUUCAUUGGAGCUUUGGAUAGAUGAAAAUAAAAUUUCAACCACUGGAGAUGCUAAUGAAUUACUAUACAGAUUUUUAAAAUGGAAAAAAUCUUAUCUUGUUUUGCGUCCGCACGACGUGGCAUUUUUACUUGUUUACAGAGAAAUAGCAAAAUAUGUCGGUGCCACCUUCCAAGGGAAGAUGUGUGAUAUCAACUAUAGUGGUGGUGUUGCUCUGCAUCCUAGAACCAUAAGUCUGGAAUCACUUGCAAUUAUUUUAGCUCAGUUACUGAGCCUUAGUAUGGGGAUAGCCUAUGAUGACAUUAACAAGUGCAAGUGCCCAGGAUCUGUCUGCAUAAUGAACCCAGAAGCAAUUCACUCCAGCGGCAUGAAGAGCUUUAGUAACUGCAGCAUGGAAGAUUUUUCACGUUUUAUUUCGAAGCAGAAGUCCCAGUGUCUUCAAAAUCUGCCACGCUUAGAGCCAUUUUACAAGCAGGAUGCCGUUUGUGGUAAUUCAAUAGUGGAAGCAGGAGAAAUGUGUGACUGUGGGACAGCAGAGGAGUGUGGCCGUGCCGAACCGGUAUGCUGUAAUUCCGCCACGUGCAGGCUAGAAGUUGGUUCACAGUGUGCGGAGGGCGAGUGCUGUGAAAAUUGCACUUUUAGGGCAAGAGGACAAUCAUGUAGGGCUCCUGUGGGCGAAUGUGAUCUCUUUGAAUAUUGCAAUGGAACAUCUGCCUUAUGUCCGGCCAACGUUGUUGUUCAGAAUGGGCAUUCAUGCGGUGAAAAUCAAUGGAUCUGUGUUGAUGGAUCAUGCAUUAGUCCACCUGAACAAUGUAAAAGUAUAUUUGGUGAAGAAGUAGAAGGCGGCACUCCAGAAUGUUAUGAAGAACUGAAUGCUAUGGCUGAUAUAUCUGGGAACUGUGGCAUAACUCAUGAUGGGUACAAAAAGUGUGAUGCUGGUAAUCGGAAGUGUGGAAAAUUAAUGUGUAAGCAUACAACUGAGACUAUACUUGAAAUUCAAAAUGCUACUAUUAUAUAUGCCAACGUAAGUGGAUCAAUCUGCGUUUCCCUGGAAUAUAAACCAGAUCAUCUAGAUGUUGCAAAGAUGUGGGUACCAAAUGGAGCUGUGUGUGGUAAUAAUAAGAUCUGCCAAAAUAAGGCCUGCGUGGAUACCACAUAUGUGAAUCUUGGCUGUACUGUACAAAAUUGCAACGGUCAUGGGAUAUGCAACAGCCUACAGCACUGUCACUGUAACCCUACAUAUUUACCUCCAAAUUGCUCAGCUACGGAUGACGGAUGGGCUGGUGGGAGCAUCGACAGCGGCAAUUUCCAACCAGGUGGCGUUGGCGUUGGCGGUGUUCCCGGCGUUGGCGGGCUCGGCGGUGUUCCCGGCGGUGUUCCCGGCGCUGUUCCCGGCGUUGGCGGUGUUCCCGGCGUUGGCGGUGUUCCCGGCGUUGGCGGUGUUCCCGGCGCUGGCAUUCCCGCUGUCUUUCCCGGUAUUGCCGGUGGUAGGCGUUACAUGGAGGAUGUUUACCAAACUGCCAAACCUACAAGAUGGCCAUUUUUCUUACUCAUUCCCUUUUUCAUUAUUCUCGGUGUACUGAUUGCUAUACUGGUAAAAGUUCAAUUCCAAAGAAAAAAAUGGAAAACUGAGGACUAUACCAGUGAUGAGCAACUUGAAAGUGACAGUGAACUCAAAGAGUAGUCUGGACAACAGAGAUUUCAUGAAAUCACAGAGAAUCCC